CCUUGUGAGCCCUGUGAUGUCAGUACUACAUUUCCCAUCAACCCCGGUAGCCGUGCAGCCCCUAGGAAAACGUUAUCGAGCCGAGUGUCCAAGAUGGCCACUUGGGGAAGGAGGCGCGCUGGGCCGGGAGGCAGAGAAAGGGUGCCUCUGUCAGCGGGUGAGUGCUACAUCGUACAUGAAAUUUACAAUGGAGAAAAUGCACAGGACCAGUUUGAGUAUGAGCUGGAGCAGGCACUGGAAUCCCAGUACAAGUACAUAGUGAUUGAGCCUACACGCAUCGGCGAUGAAACGGCACGCUGGAUCUCUGUGGGAAACUGCCUGCAUAAGACUGCAGUAUUAUCAGGCACAGUCUGUCUCCUUACCCCACUGGCAUUGCCAUCAGAGUAUUCGCAUUACGUGUCUCUGCCUGCAGGUGUAGUCAGUUUGGCCUGCUCCACUCUUUAUGGCAUCUCAUGGCAAUUCGACCCAUGCUGCAAAUAUCAGGUGGAGUAUGAUGCCUACAAACUUUCAAGACUGCCGCUGCACACACUCACCUCCUCUACUCCUGUUGUGCUUGUAAGAAAGGACGACGUCCAUAGAAAGAGACUUCACAACACAAUAGCUCUUGCUGCUCUGGCAUACUGUGUCAAGAAGCUUUAUGAACUGUAUGCCCUAUGAUUGCCACCUUCGAUUUAAGAAGAUAAAACACAACAGUAACAGCUUUAUCUCAUCUGAAUAUUGGUGGAGCUAGAAUUUUGAUUAAAACAAAUAUAUAAACUCAAACCCUUACAAUACUGCUGCACUGAUUAGUUUCAGUUUUUACAGCUGGACAGCGAGGACCUGCAGUUAACUAAUUACCUUGGAUUCAAGUUACUAACUAACAUGAAUAUCUACAGGAAAACAAUGGAUAACUUUUUUUUUUUCCAUGAAGCUUUUGUUGUACCAUACUAAACCGAACAGUCCACAUCAACAUUAAAAUGUAAACAAAA